UACAGACCGGAAGUCGCCUUCCUCCCGUCAGUCAAACAGCGGCAAGAUGGCGAUGCCCAUGAGGAGGACGCUGGUGGCUCUACACAGAUCAACAUGCAGCGGUUCAAAGAGUGCAGAGACGUCUCUGGAGCUCAGGCAUCCUGGACCACUUUUCCUCCCGGUCCGGACUAAGAAGCGGUAUUUCAUCCCUCCGGCGGUGGGGAUGAAGGGGAAGGAGAACCCGGAGGCCAAGGCCAGAGCGGCAGGCGUCGUCUUCAGACAGCAGUACUUUGAAAGGCCCAUCAACAUUGCCUGCUCCGCGGGAAUCUUCGACCCCUACAUUCCCCCAGAGGGCGACGCUCGUCUGUCCAGUCUUUCUAAAGAAGGCCUGAAACAGCGAACCGAGCAGAUACGGCAGUCCGCCGCCUCACAGCUGGCAAUUCGAAAAAUCAAAGAGUACGACUCCGACUUCACGACAAAAGGGUUUGCCGAGCGUGCUCAGGAGAUCUUUAUCGAGGCUCACAACGCCCUGGCACAGUUCAACAAAGAGAAGCUUCACUCCUUGGUGACAGAGCGCUGUUAUCCGGAGAUGACACGGGGAAACCGCUAUAAGACGAUCCGGUGGACUUUUGUCGAGUCUCUGGAGCUGCCCAAAGUGGUCCACGCCCGCUGCCCCGACAUGGUCACUAAAGGAAACCUGUACGGCCAAGUGACGGUCCGCAUGCACUCCAAACAGACUCUAGCCAUUUACGACCGCUUCGGGAGACUGAUGCUGGGCAGCGAGGAGCAGCCCAAAGACGUCUUGGAGUACCUGGUCAUGGAGCGACACAUCGUCAACCCCUACAGCCGAUGGAGGUUACACGGAAAAAUAGUGCCGUCCUGGGCUCCGGCCAAAGACCCCAUUAUCAAGACGGUCAUGAUCCCCGGCCCCGACCUGAAGCCUGGAGAAGAGUUCGAAGCCCUAAACUACCAAGUUCCCAAACCAGCAGCCGUGCAGUGGAGCAAAUAGACCACUGGAGGGCGCUGUUGUUCAUGUCAAACCUCAGCAGGACUCAGAGCCAAACGCUGUGGCUGUGGCUGGUUAGUUUGUGGUCUUUGGCAGCGAGCGAAGCUUCUUUUGGAGGCUCUUAUCUGUUAGUGAAAUGCUGCUGAGACGCCGAUGAACAAAACGACUGUAAGCAGCAGCCAGAGAAGCUCGUCUUUGUUUCACUGCAGCAGAUUACACAACACAGUGGAAUAAUAAUCACAUCACAGCUCCUCAUUUCACCUCCUUUCACACAUUUCCAUGAGAAUAUUGAACAUGCGUAUGUGCUAAAUAAAACGGACAGAUCUCCA